UUAAAGAGACAUGGAAAACCCUUGUUUGUUUCUCAUACGUGAGGUAUCUGCUACCGUUGAAGCAUGUGUUGUUUUUUAAGAGAUUGAGAGAGUUUGAGUUUGAGUUUGAGUUCGAGAUUGAUUUUUGGUCGUUAAUUGCAGAGCAAUGUUCUCACAGUGCCAUUUUCUCUCUCACUCUCACUCGCCAGUACCCAAUUCUUUUCUCCCCCCAACCUUCCGUCUCAGAGCCAUGGCGGCUCACACUACGCCUCUUCAGCUUAAUCGAUUCGCCGAGGUCGGUAACACAGUCGCCGAUGCUGCCGGAGAAGUUAUCCGCAAAUACUUCAGGAAGAACUUCGACGUUAUUCACAAACAUGAUCUCAGUCCAGUAACCAUUGCAGAUCGAUCGGCUGAGGAGGCUAUGGUUUCAAUUAUACAAGAAAAUUUUCCUUCCCAUGCAAUUUAUGGAGAGGAAAAUGGGUGGAGGUGUAAAGAAAAGACUGCUGAUUAUGUUUGGGUAUUAGAUCCCAUAGAUGGGACAAAGAGUUUUAUUACUGGGAAACCCGUAUUUGGUACUCUCGUUGCUCUUCUACAAAAUGGAAUACCAAUCCUUGGCAUAAUUGAUCAACCUGUGUUAAAAGAGAGGUGGAUCGGGAUAAGUGGAAAGAGAACUACACUGAAUGGACAAGAAAUAUCUACCCGCACAUGUGCAGACCUUUCUCAAGCAUACUUGUACACCACAAGCCCACAUCUGUUUAGUGGAGAUGCAGAAGAGGCAUUCAUCCGUGUUAGAAGCAAGGUUAAAAUUCCAUUAUACGGCUGUGACUGCUAUGCAUAUGCUCUUUUGUCUUCUGGUUUUGUGGAUCUUGUUGUUGAGUCUGGUUUGAAGCCGUACGAUUUUCUUGCACUAGUACCCGUUAUUGAAGGUGCUGGAGGUGUCAUAACUGAUUGGAAAGGAGAUAAACUGUUUUGGGAGGCUUCUCCACUUUCAAUCGCGACAAGUUUUAAUGUUGUGGCUGCGGGUGACAAACAGAUUCAUCAACAAGCUCUAGAUUCAUUGCAAUGGAAGUGAUAGCUUGAAUUAACCUUCGACAGGAAUAAUCUUCUCUAAAAAUCGCGUCUUGGUUCAGAUGUGUAUGUAUUAUCAUAACAUUAUUAUUCGGCAUUUAUCUAAGUUGAAAACCGUGUACUCGGAAUCUUGAGUGUCUUGCUGAAAUUAAUCUCUUUCUCAGUUGGAUGGA